AUGAUGCUCCCGGGUCUUCCACAAGAUUUGGUAGAAGAGAUACUCUCUAGAGUUCCAGCUACAAAUUUGAGUCGGUUACGAUAUAUUUGCAAACGAUGGGACGCUUUAUUGAAAGACAAAAUAUUCGCCGAGAAGCACGUACGUAAUGCAUCAAAACAGUCUCGGCUCCUCAUGCUGAAGGAUUACAGAGUUUGUCCGAUGAGUGUCGUCAAUCUCCACAAACAAGUUGAUGCUCCAGUAUCUAUAGAGUUUAAGGACGGAUUUGAGCUCAAGGAUUCUCUUUCUAAACCAGACCAAGUCGAUGUGUCUGAAAUCUUCCAUUGCGAGGGCUUAUUAUUGUGUACCACCACCAAUGAUAAUAGUCUUGUGGCUUGGAACCCUUGUACUGGUCAGACAAGGUGGAUCCGACACAGUUCACUUUACAAGAGAAACUCUAAAUUUUACCUUGGAUACGGAAACAAGGACAAGUCUUGCGGCCGUAGCUACAAAAUCUUGAGGUAUUGGGAUGAUGGCACCCUAGGCACACAAGUUGUGGAGUUCGAAAUGUAUGACUUCAGUUCUGAUUCAUGGAGGGUUCUCGAUGACAUCACUUGCAACUGUAUCCCGCAACUAAAUGGCAUGUCUAUAAAGGGAACUACUUAUUCUUAUGGUUUGGAUAAGAAGAACCACAACUAUACAUUCUUACUCAGCUUUGAUUUUACAACGGAGGUAUUUGAAUCUCUCUGUUUUCCAUUAGUAGUUGGGUUUCUUAGUCAUACAACUAUAGCUCUAUCAGUUGUUAGAGAAGAACAACUCUCACUGUUACUUCAGCGUACUAAUGAAUCAAAGGUGGAUGUAUGGGUGACUGAUGAGAUUGAUACUAAAGCAGUGUUGUGGAGCAAACUCUUUACGGUAGAUAUAGAAGACACUCGUCGUUAUAUGAUUUCGACUAAGGUGAGUUUCCUCUUGGACAAGGAGAAAAAAAUUGCCGUGGUUAGUGAGCCAAGAUGCAGAGGUGAGAUAAACGACUUUGUAUACAUUGUUGGAGAGGACCGUGAUUCCAUAACAAUUUACUUAGAGCCUACUAGAGAGUUAUUACGUGGUGGUUUUUUCAGAUUUUGUACACCAUUUGUUUUCAAUUAUGUUCCAUGUUUGGUUCAAUAUUAA